AUUAAAAAUUAAACAAUUAAUGGCGGAUCCGGAAGUAUGGAAGAUAUAUUCAUGUGAUGUAUUAGCUCGAGUUGUAGAGGGGGAUAUUAGAAGAUAAGGGAGAAAGAUGGCGGCCGACAACAACGACUCGCCCUGACUCUGUAAUGUAGAGGGAUCAGCCGAGCGUUCAUUUAAAGUUCAAUUUCUAAUUUCACUUCCGUGUUUAAAUCCAUCGAAUCAACAUUCAUUUUAAAACGUGAAGUUGACCAUGGACCCGAGUAGUCGGUCGAUUGCAUCCAGUCCACUGCCAACCGUUGAUGAGCGGGCUGAACUUACCGGGCAAUACACGAUGGCGUCACCGGAAGUAAAAGUGAAACGAAAAGAGGAGGAAGUGGACGUGUCUUAUCUGAGUGUGAAGAAACAAUCCAAGAUAGAGCGAUGUACAAACAAGAGUACCCCACAUCAGGGACCCACCAAACUCAUCGUGAUUCUCAAAUGGGCCACUACCUUGAUAUUCGCUGCUGUAUUAUUAGCGAGCCUCGUUUUGAGUAAAAUUACUCUGUUCGGUCUUGUGCAGGGUCUGAAAAUUGAGAAAGAAGUGACCAGUCGGAACUAUCAGGCGUUCUUCAUGUGUCUUAUUACACUUGUGGCGCCGAACGUGAUAUCUCUACUGAGGUCUAUUUGGAACAUUAUUGGACGGAGUGAUAUACCCUGGCCAAACAAGAAGGCAGUAGGACUGAUUGCUUUGACAGCAGCGUUAGAAUCGACGGGCCUCUGUAUUGUUAUAUUCAAAACCCUGGCCUCGGGUUCACCAGCCUCGGGAGUCAGUGCGAUGCAGAUCGGGUUUGUCCUUCCCAUACUGUUCCACAUCAAAAAGGGAAAUCGUGACAUUUCAUUUUUCCGCACGUUUUCGCUCCUUUCAAUGAUGUUGGCCAUUGCAGGGGUUGGACUUGUUAUAUAUAUUUACGUGAAGAAAUCCAAUGAGGACGCAUGGAGUCUUGUUGGUGUUGUUAUCGUGUUUUUGUCAAUGCUUCCGUACCUUAAUAAGAAAAUAUACGGUCUCACAAGAACCCCUGUCACAACUGUGAACCAACCAAUACCAACAGGGUCAAUUAACAGAAGUAAUUCUUCCGGACAUUUUUCUCAAGGUCCUUCAUCGGGUUCGGACUACAAUUCUUUCAAUUCAAUGUCAAGCGGUAUAUCUAUGGCGAGUACACAUACUGAACCCGACCCAAUUAACAAUAUAACAUCCGACAAUGCAGUGGUCUGGAAAAUACUUCUCAUUUCGUCUUUGUUCAAAAUUGUGUUCAUCUUUGCAGUGAGCUCGCUUCUUGUACAAUAUGGAAUGGGAAACAUGAAUUUCAUAGACGCCUGGAACUUUCAUUUGGAGUGGGACACUGAUGGACUAUUUUGGUUCUUUAUUGUACACAUAACCACAAGUGUUCUUGCCUACGUCAUUGCAGUGUUCGCGUGUCACACGUGCAUGGAUCGCGGAGCCUUCGUGAUGCCUCUUAUAUUUUCGUCACCCGUCUCCUGUGUUUUGCUUGUUGUCUCGGUUUCGUGUACUUAUAUUCGUAACGCAUCGGACGGGACUAGUGAUUACUGUGAGAGUAGUACAUACAUAGUGUUCAGUGUUGGCGCGAUGGUACUUACUACUUUGUCAAUCUGGUUGGUUUAUGGCAGACUCUUCUGGAGCGUCAAAAGACUGGUGCUACUGAAAGAAAUACAGUUGUUUUGGUUACCUACCUACAACAGCGUCAUGCUGGAACAGUGGAUGUACUUAAACAGGAAGUUAAGCCAAGAAACGGAAGAUGACGACGAGACCUUAACGAGGUCAGACGAGAAAACCCGAGUGUAUAUUUGCACAACAAUGUACCGUGAGAGUAGAAAGGAGAUGCAACAGUUGUUGGAAUCUAUCGGAAAGAUCAGUCAAGCCACGUCAGACAAAGCCAAAAUCCAUUUUGAGUCUCAUGUUUUCUUAGAUGGAGCUGUCCGAGGCGACGAGUUGACCGAAUUCGCUCUACAGUUAAUUAGUCUGCUGAAAGAUGCUCUAAAUAUUGAUGACAUCUUGACUUGCACGAAAACAACGACACCUUACGGGCUACGACUAGGAUGGAAACUUCCGGGUCCCUGUGGAAUGACAUUUACUAUACACAUGAAAGAUCCUAAAAAGGUUAAGAAAAAGAAGAGAUGGAGUCAGAUUAUGUAUAUGUCGUAUGUUCUUGAUUUCCUGAGCAAGCAACACGUGGACCGGGAUGGGAAUCCAAUUGUAAAAGACUCCGACUGUUUCAUCUUGACGACGGAUGCCGACGUUAAAUUCACCCCCGAGUCAGUAGAGGCUCUGCUUGAUCUGAUGAAGAGAGACACCUCCGUUGGAGCUGUAUGCGCACGCACCUAUCCACUCGGAGAAGGCCCACUUGUGUGGUAUCAGAAAUUCGAAUACGCGAUCGGACAUUGGUUUCAAAAGGCUGCGGAACACGUCCUGGGGUCGGUUUUGUGCGCCCCUGGAUGUUUUAGUGUGUACAGGUGUUCAGCCCUGAAAGAUAUCAUACCAACGUACGCUUCCAGUGUUGAAAGGGCGUUUGAAUUUCUAAUCAAAGAUAUGGGCGAGGACAGAUGGCUCUGCACACUCAUGGUACAGAGCGGGUGGCGAAUUGAGUACUGUGCCGCCUCCGAAAACGAGACAUACUGCCCCGAGGAAUUUGAGGAAUUCUACAAACAAAGACGCCGCUGGAUCGCCUCCACUCUGGCUAACAUUAUAUCUCUGAUCAAGGAGUGGAGCUUGAUUCGUACCCUGAACCACCGGGUGUCCUACCUGUUCUGUAUCUAUCAGAUAUUUCUCCUGACCUCUACUUUUAUAGGCCCCAGUACGGUCAUCAUCAUUGUCGCAGGUGGUCUGAAUUAUGCCUGGGAUAUAAACGUUGUGUGGGCGGUAGUUCUACAGAUCAUUGUCUGUGUGAUCUAUGCCGGAAUAUGUCUCUUCAUGAACGAAACAUGGCAAAUGCAGUCCGGCAAAAUCAUCACGUUCCUGUACGCCAUUGUGAUGACAGCAGUCGUGGUUGGAAUUGCUGAACAGGUAGCGGAGGAUCUGAUUGCUUUUAGUCCAGACAUUAAGACAGAAACAAAGAAUAACAUUACUGUUACUAUAACAACCGAAUUACCAGCGGGAGCCAUUAGCGACGAUUUCCCCGUGUCGUUCGUCACGCUGUACCUCGGUCUCCUGAUCGCCGUGUUCCUCCUCACAGGGAUGCUUCACCCGUCAGAGUUUAGCUGUCUGCUCAACGGCAUAACCUACCUCCUCUGUCUGCCAUCCGGGUACCUAGUGCUCAAUAUAUACAGCGUGGUCAAUAUAACCGAUAGAUCCUGGGGGACACGAGAAGAGAAGGAUCACAACAGUGUCAAGAAGACGAAGCCCUGGUACGAUGGUCUGGAAACAGUGAUGAGGAAAAUAUUCUUCUGCUUUGAUAAAAAGGAAACACAAGGGAACCCGUCAAAUGUGGACAUGCAAGAUGAAAAGUCAAAGCGGAGAAGAUCAGAAUCCGAUUCAGGUCAACCACAAAACCUCUCCAAAAGCCUGGGCCCUGGGUUAAAAUUUGGCGGUAAAAGUUUGUCUAGAUCUCAAAGUGUUGAGCAGCGGAUGGAACAGGUAAACGAAGAGAAGGACGAAGAUGUUGAAGAGGAGUCCUACAGUGAUGAGGAAGAGGAGUUAUACGAUGAGCUAGAUCCAACUGCUGUAGAGGAUUGGCUUCCCAAAGACAUGAAGGAGUAUGCUAAACUUUUUAAAGACAACGGCUAUGAAAACACAAAUUUUCUAAGCAUGCUGACUGACGUCGAUUUAAAGAGACUUGGAAUAAAGAAGGUAGCACAGAGGCGAAACUUGUAUCGUAAAAUACAAAACAUACCGGAAUUCACGAUACCCGUAGAUGUUCCGAAAGACCUUAGUUCUUGGUUACAUCAGAUCGGACUAGAGGAGUACAAACCAAACUUCCGGAGAAAUCAAGUUAAGACCGUGCGGGACAUGGAGGCCCUGAAGUCGUUUACUAUAAAGGAGAUCAAUGAGGACCUCAACAUAACAAAACCGGGUCAUGUUCGAAGACUUCAGGACGCCAUCAAACGACUCCGAAAUCCUACACACGACGAGAGAGUGAUCACCAAAUUUAAGGAAGAAAUCAGUCAGGCUUUCUUACAUGAUCUUAGGAGUGUUAACCAGGAGGAGAACAAAUUCUGGAAGGACCUCAUCCGGGCAUGUCUGGAACCAGCUUCUGACGCAUUCGGAUUUGAGGAGAUCUUAAAAGGUAAACUCCAGAACCUUAGGAACGAGUGGCUGAUGGUCUCUGGAAUUGUCAACUGUCUCUGGAUCGUCAUUAUCAUGACUCUUAGCAGCAGUAUAGAUCUGCAAAUUGCAGGGACCAACCCACUUAGUUUACUAUUUCUGAUCGUCUUUGGAUUCCUUUUCGUUCUACAGUUCUCUUGCAUGCUUGUCCACAGAUUCACAACUUUAUCGCAUUUUAUCGCGCGUGCGCCGUACAAAUUUGGACAAAAUUACCGUAGUUCUGUUUCUUUCUUGUCACGUGAUGUUGACUCAGAGGAAGAACUCUUAACAAGGGAGGUUAGAAAUUUAGAGCCUCAAUUUCUCAAAAGAAUCAGGAACCAACAAAAACAAGGCAAACGAAAGAAAAGCAAUAGUAAAUCCUCAGAAACAGCACCGCUGAUUGCUAAUUACAAUGGUAACGACAUUUAUACGGGACCUCCAGUCAAGGAGACUUAUGAAGAAAAUAUGCUGGCUGAAAGAGGACAAUAUAUCAGAAAAGUUUAAUUUGUGCCAAUUUUAAUGAACUUUUGUUUUGGUGACAGUCACUAUUUAAAACCAAAUGUAUGUGUUUAAAUGUUAAUUAGUUACGUAACUUUGUUUUAUUGUAUGCUUUUAUACAAACUCGGAACUCUAUCUCAAUUAUCAUUAGCGCAGUAUAGAAAUAUUGAUAUGGAUAUGACUUUGUUGUCGAAGAGCACGUAGCAUUGUUAUCAAUAUAUCUGAUGUCGGAAUAGAGAAUCCUCAGACACUAUAAAGUAAAUUGAUUGAAAUGAAAAUAUGCUAAUUUAAUAAGAAAACAUGGUCAGGAACUCAAGAACAGGUCAUUCACUCGAGCGAUAUUUUUUUUAGUUUUAAGGCUUAAUAUGGGAUGUCAUGGUUAAUACUAAUCAAAACAGUAUCCUUUCUGAUUGAGGACUUGUUUACAUUUUUGGCGAAAUUAAUCUCAUAUGCUUUUAUGAACAAACUUUUUUGUGCAAAAAAGAUUUUGAUAAAAAAUUAUCAAUAAGGGGCAUUUUGAAACAA